AUGCCCACCUGCAGCCUGCCCAACCUGAGCUGCCGCUCCAGCUGCCCCGCCCGGCCCUGCGUGGCCCCCAGCUGCCACAGCACCCCCCUGCCCGGGGCCAGCAACAUCCCCGCCAACGUGAGCAACUGCGGCUGGUUCUGCGAGGGCUCCUUCAAUGGCAGCGAGAAGGAGACCAUGCAGUUCCUGAACGACCGCCUGGCCAGCUACCUGGAGAAGGUGCGGCAGCUGGAGCGGGAGAAUGCGGAGCUGGAGAGCCUCAUCCAGGAGCGCUGCCAGCCCCAGGAGCCCCUGAUGUGCCCCAGCUACCAGUCCUACUUCCGGACCAUCGAGGAGCUGCAACAGAAGAUCCUGUGCAGCAAGUCGGAGAAUGCCCGGCUGGUGGUGCAGAUCGACAACGCCAAGCUGGCCUCGGACGACUUCAGGACCAAGUACGAGACGGAGAUGGGCCUGCGGCAGCUGGUGGAGUCGGACAUAAACAGCCUGCGCAGGAUCCUGGACGAGCUGACCCUGUGCAAGUCUGACCUGGAGGCCCAGGUGGAGUCCCUGAAGGAGGAGCUGCUCUGCCUCAAGCAGAACCACGAGCAGGAAGUCAACACCCUGCGUUGCCAGAUUGGAGACCGCCUCAACGUGGAGGUGGACGCUGCCCCCACUGUAGACCUGAACCGCGUGCUCAAUGAGACCAGGUGCCAGUAUGAGGCCCUGGUAGAGACCAACCGCAGGGACGUGGAGGAAUGGUUCACCAACCAGACCCAGGAGCUGAACAAGCAGGUGGUGUCCAGCUCAGAGCAGCUGCAGACCUGCCAGGCGGAGAUCAUUGAGCUGAGACGCACGGUCAACGCCCUGGAGAUCGAGCUGCAGGCCCAGCACAACCUGAGGGACUCACUGGAGAACACGCUGACAGAGACCGAGGCCCGCUACAGCUCCCAGCUGUCCCAGGUGCAGUGCAUGAUCACCAACGUGGAGGAGCAGCUGAGUGAGAUCAGAUGCGACCUGGAGCGGCAGAACCAGGAGUACCAGGUGUUGCUGGACGUCAAGGCCCGGCUGGAGUGUGAGAUCAACACGUACCGGGGCCUGCUGGAGAGCGAGGACUGCAAUCUUCCCUGCAACCCAUGUGCUACAACCAAUGCAUGUGACAAGCCCAUUGGACCCUGUGUCUCCAAUCCUUGUGGCCCGCGUGUUCGGUGUGGGCCUUGCAGUACCUUUGUGUGCUAGAGGCCCUGGUGCCAGGAGGAGGAGAAGGGCUCCGAAGUCACAUCUCAACUCUACUUGGUUCAAACAUCUCCAACAGUGACCACUUUGGAUAAAGGAAGAAACUUCUCUUGCACCAGCUUCCAGGGUUCACCUCUAGGCUUCUGCUGAAAUUCCUGGCUUGAUUCUUUCCUAUAAG